UAGGAGUGGAGGAGUUUGCCACGUUGCUGGAGACGCCGGGGGUGCGCAGGAUGUUGUGAGUGACUGAGGCAAUACGAUGUAAACCCAGUGGGAUGAACGAAGAAGUUAGAGGACAAAACAGCUGGUGGAGUUAAGUGUGUUGGCUGGACACCGGGCGGCAUCACCGUUAAAAUGUUGACAGACGUGGUUAUCGAGGAGGAUUUUGAGCUGAGAAGCGAGGAGCUUUGGUACAGCAAGCAGGAUCUGGAGAAUGAUUUACACUUGGCCGCGGAGCUUGGCAAAACCCUGUUGGACAGAAACCAUGAGUUGGAACAGAGCCUACAGCAGAUGUACACUAACAACCAGGAGCAGCUGCAGGAAAUCGAGUACCUGACGAAGCAGAUGGACGUGCUGCGUCAGAUGAAUGAGCAGCAUGCCAAGGUGUACGAGCAGCUGGACGGGGUGGCCCGGGAGCUGGAGCAGGGCAACCGCAAACUCGUGAAGGACAACCGCAACGCCCAGCAGAGGAUCCAGAGCCUGACGGAGACGGUGGACUCGCUGCAGUCCCACAUGGAGGAUCUUCAGGAGCAGGUGGAGCAGCUGACGGCGGCCCAGUCGGAGCGCGCCCGGCGCGAACAGGCGCUGCAGGCCCAGCGGCGCUCCAGCCUCACUGCCCAGAGCGUGCCCUGUCUCAAGGACCUCUACGACCUCCAACAGGACAGGUACCUGCUGGGCGAUGACAUCACAGUGGGUGAUCAUCCCUGGCUGCUGAAGCCCAAAAAACCCGACGAAGAAGAAGAAGAGAGACAAUACGAGGAAGUGAAAGAAGAUGAAGAGGAUGAAGAAGACGGCGAUGAAGAGCGUACAGCCUUGCGAGGCCUGGUCCAGACCUUGGAGGCCCAGCUGGAGGUGGAGCGCUCGCGGCGGCACGAGGCCGAGCAGGAGACGGAGGCCACGCUGGAGGAGAACGGCGUCCUGUCCCAGCGUCUGGCCGCCCUGCAGCACUGCCAGGCCCGGCAGGCGGAGCUGGAGGUCGAGGUGGAGGAGCUGAGGCAGCUGUGGAGGGCGGAGGUGGCCACCUCCAGGAAGAAGGUGCCUGAUGACGUGUUCAUCUCCACGGACGAUCAGCUGGGAGACGGAGCAGUGGAGGAGGAGGAGGAUGAGGAGAAGAGGGAAGGAGACGAAGACGACGAAGAGGAGGAUGAGGAAGAUGAGGAGGAGCGAGGAGCGGUAAAGCCGCGGGGACGGUGCCAGAGUGAGGGUGCCAUCCAGGGUGCCAGCGGUGCCGAGCUGCGUCGCCGCCACCGGCCCACCUGCGCCCGCCGGCCCCGGGCCCUGCUGAACCAGCGCGGUGUGUCCCUGCUCAGCGAGGUGGACGCCCAGUACAGUGCCCUCCAGAGGCAGUACGACGAACUGCUGCGCCGUUGCCAGCUCAGCGCCAGCUCCAACUCAAACAAGGCCGUGCAGACGCCCGUGGGAACCGCCUCCGCUUCUCAACCGCCAGUCAACCCUUACGCCACCGCCCACGCUCACGCCCACGCCGCGGCACAUACCCGCCGUCGGCUGUCCAGCUGCGCCUCCAGCGAGCCCCCCGAGUACAAAGCCCUGUUCAUGGAGAUCUUCAACUGCAUCCAGAAGACCAAGGCGGACCUGAGUGACAGCAGCGUCCACAGCAUCCAGAUGAUCCAGGGGAGCCAGUCCAGACGGCAGAGCCAGCCCAGCCAGACUGACGACACCUGGUGACUCCUCCUGACCCAUGUGGUCGAGGGGAUCGCUUGUCUGUGCAGCUUGGAGAGCUCGUCCCUCUUUGCCCUGUCGUGGGGCUGGGACUGGGACUGCAGCUUACUCUAGGCUUCUUGCAUAUGGACUCACUGGACAAGCUGUCUGGGGAGCUCUCAGUGGAGGCAACUUUUUUGUUGUUGUUUGACUUGGACAUAACAUCUACAGUACAGUCGCAAGUGAAAUGGCAUUGUCUGCUUUUGCUAAGCUGGGUGCUGUGCAGGCUUUUGACCACGUAAAGGGUUGGAGCCCUCACAUUUUGUGUAUCUGUAAGGUUCCGUGCAAAGUGGAUUGAGUUUAGUAAAACACAAAAUAGACCUUACAUAAGCAUGCCUGCGGUGUAUACACACACAAGGAAAACAAGCUUAGAAGCCAAUGAAUGUAAUGAAGUAUUAUUUGCACUUGAUUGAUAAGUAGAGUAGUAUGAUGGAAGUGUUUUGAGACUGGACGACACAGGCAGGCAUAGAGAGGCAGAUCGGCAUGUGUGGCUGGCUUGCUUAUAAUCCGUGCUAUAGGUUCCUGUAGUAAAUGUGAAUGACGACGCAGCUGGAGUAUUCCAAGAACCUGGCUUAGAAGUGAACAAGGUUACCUUAACCUUGAGGUAGUGGUAACUCCUCUAAUAGAAGAGCCUGGAUGCCUCAUUUUCUCAACGAAAUCACAUCUGUGGGCUAUCUUUUAGCAGAUUUACCACUUCCUGUUGGUCAAUUUAGCCAGGUUUGUAACUUAACCAUGUUCAUGGAAUACCACUCUGAUGAGUUACUUUAAGGAUAGUGGUGAUGAGAAUCCAGUCCAAUGUCCAGAAGCCAGAUAGACUGUUCAAGUGUUACAUGAUGUAUACACCGUCUCGUAAACACAGAUAAACAAGCAGAUCUUUUUAUACAUGACUAUCAGGAAGAGGCUGUUCAGCUUUUCACAUCACGAAAAUCAUUUCUCUUUAUUAUUUAUUAUUUAUUUUGAAUACAUUCGUAUACAUAGGAAAGAGAUUCUAUUUAUUUUCUACCUUAUUUUUUCUCCAAUAUGUUUACAAUCGUUACUCAAUUCAGACUUUCGAAGUUCUUGUUCUCAUAAGUAAAUCGCAGGCCAGACUUAGCUCUGUAAGUUACUUAGUGGCGGCAGAAAUUAACUUUGGCACACUCUCCCUCAGCCAGCAUUACACAACAAGCAUAAUCUGAAACGCUGGAUUAAAAAAGAGCUGGAUAAGGAAUACAGCAUUUUGUAGCUGUCCACUUGAAGCUAAAAUGGGGUGAGAUUUUUGUUUUGUUUUGGUAAACAUUUGUUCAUUCCAGUGUUGCUGUAUUAAAUUGCAAUGUCGCAAUGUUAUAAAUGUGUACUUUAAUUUUCACAGGAGAAAACAAAACUGAGUAGUAAGGAGGGGGAUGUUUAGAAGGCAGCCAUUGCGUGAUUUAAAGAAUAGAGGAAUGCGGACGUCGGUGAAAGAAAAAGGGCUUGGAAAGGAUUUGUCAGGUAAUUGUUGUUGUGUGGCGUAAGAAAGUGGAUUAAUGGUUCAGUGAGGUGUGAAGCACGCAAUCUUGGAUGGUCUCCACCACUCCACUCUCGAGCAUUUUCUUGGCACAUGUUGGAGGUGGGUGGGAUUUAUUUCUGUUGAAAACAAAAAAUGUCGUAGAAAUGUCAAGUUGUCUCUUUAGUUUUCUUAUUAGUGUUUUUUUUCUUUUUACUUUUUCAUUUCCAUUUGUCCAAGAAAGUGUGGAAGGUGAAUGGGGGGAGAAUGGGUCACAAGAUUUUGUUAGUUUUCUGAUGUGUGUUCUGUAAUGUCUGCAUAUGAAAUGCCUUUGUAGUUCUUUAUAGUGCUGCAGUACAGACAGCUCUUGGGUGCAUUGCACGCAAAAAUUGGGAAAGACGUUUUGGGACAUUUAAUUAACGGAAAAUCCAGGUGCAUGUUCAUCUGUAGAUUGCAUACAGGGUUUUGCUGUCAGUGUUGGUAAGUAAGUAUGUAAGGGGUAAAUUGGAUUAAGUUAUACUUCAACUGCCUUUCAUUUCAAUUAGGACUCACUUGUCACUUCAAAUGCAUUUAAAGCAUUUGUAUUUUGGUUUUUUUUGACACUUUUUCAAAGAUUGUAGCAUAGCUUUUUGAUAUAAGCAGUAACAUCCUAUACAUUGAAAUUGUCAUGCCUGCUAAUAUAUGAUACAAAAAUAAAAUAUAUUUAAAAGCAUC